AAAGUUAAAAAUGCCUAACGCAUUUUUAAAAUAAUACCAUAAUCUAGAUGGGUCAAAUCCAAACGUCAAAAAGACAAACAAUGAACAUUUCAAGCGAAAACCUGGCAUUUAUCAAAAUUACAGUGAACAAUUGCUAAAAUAUGAAUACGCAAAAAAAUCAAAGAAAAAUCCAACUAGGAUACAAAGAUCGCGGAGACAUGAUGCGUAGAAACAAAGAGCUUCACUCGUCCGGUCCUCGCGAUCGUGGCGACGUCAAGAAAUGCCUCAAGAAAGUAUCUAAACAGCUAUUUAAAACAGCGAAAGCAGAAAGUGUGAAAACUGAUCUCGUGUCUCGUUCGACGAACACAUUCGCCGAGUCUCUUCCUUUCAGCUUUGAGAAUCAAACAAGCGCAGAUGUGAACGUGAAAAAAUCUUUGGAUUUUCGCAAGAGAAUUAAGGACAGAUACACAUUUAAGCGGCAUGAGGUGUUGAGGAACGAAGAUAUUAGUCAAUUCAGUGAUCCGCUAAAGCAUAAUUUUGAGUAUGACGAAAAACAAAAAUCAAUACAUUUUCGAGAUGCCAAAAAAUCGGAUAGAGCUUCAAUACACAGAGCCGUCAGCGCUAUGAAAUUUAAACGCUCGUCUAAGCCCGACGAUUUGGUGGAGCACAAAAAGUCACCAGAAACAGACAAAAUUAUCACUAGAAAAGCCAAGCCGGUGAUAAAAACCAUUACGUCGAAAAUGGACGCGCGCGUAUACAAAGCGGUAAACUUCGUCGAGCAGAACGCUCGAAAACAGCUGCACAUAAAAAUACCUAGAGACCCUAAACCAAACUCAAAAACACCAAUUAUUGCUGUAAAACGUAGUAAAACAAGCACAAAGCGGCUGCGUAAAAGAACAGUGCCUUCGCCGUCUUUCAAAAGUGCGGAUUCAAUGCCUACUGAGAUAGCGAAAUGGGUACCGGAGUCCGUCGACCAACAUACGAGGCCGUAUUACGACGCUUGGGUGAGUAAAACCGCCACGGCCUCCACGAAGUUGUUAAAGGAAGCUAGUCUUGAAAAAUCCAAACUGCUUCAGAGGUUAGAGUUGAGGAUGAAGAGAUCACCCGAGCUUAUGUUUCAAAAGUUUGCCGAAGAACAGUAUGCGGGGAGGAUACGGGUUAGGAGGCGCGGGGAAAAGUGAUGUUC